UUGAAUUCCACAUCUCUUUCGUUUUUCGAAUCACGAACAGCACAGCUCCGCCGCCAAAGGAAGAUGGCGAACCGAGUCCUUCACAGCCUCGGCAGUGGCCUAAAUCAGGCCAGAACCAGGGUCCGAACACAAGGACUGGCUGUUUUCUCAAGCAGGGGGCUGGCAGCAUCCAACCACAGACAUGGUGAGGACAGCUGGUUCAAGUCCCUGUUUGUGAGGAAGGUCGAUCCAAGAAAGGACGCUCAUUCUAAUCUUAUAGCCAAGAAGGAAACGAGCAACCUCUACAAAAUUCAGUUUCACAAUGUAAAACCUGAGUGCCUGGGUGCCUACAAUAAGAUUUGUGAGGAUGUCUUGCCAUCAAUCCAUGCUGAUAAGCAUUACCCCUGUGAGCUGGUGGGAACCUGGAACACGUGGUACGGAGAGCAGGACCAGGCUGUUCAUCUGUGGAGGUAUGAUGGAGGUUAUCCUGCCCUUACUGAGGUCAUGAGUAAACUUAGGCAAAAUAAGGAAUUCAUGGAAUAUCGGAACGAGAGAGGAAAGAUGCUCUUGUCCCGUAAGAACCAGCUCCUGCUGGAGUUUAGUUUCUGGAACGAGCCUGUACCCCGGAAGGGCCCCAAUAUAUAUGAACUGAGAAGCUACCAGCUCAGACCUGGGACAAUGAUUGAGUGGGGUAAUUACUGGGCUCGGGCUAUCGGAUAUCGUCAAGGAAACAGCGAAGCAGUAGGGGGCUUCUUUUCACAAAUCGGACAACUCUACAUGGUGCAUCACCUAUGGGCGUACAAAGACCUGCAGUCACGGGAGGAUACCAGGAAUGCAGCCUGGCAACAGGAGGGCUGGGAUGAGUGUGUGUAUUACACAGUUCCUCUUAUCCAACAUAUGGAAUCCAGGAUAAUGAUUCCUAUGAAGAGUUCUCCACUCCAGUAGAUGGCUCAAGAAAUCCCUGCAAGAAACCGAUGAAGUGAUGUGUGCUUUCGAUGGCAUCUGAAUUCAAACGGCCGUGAUCAUCGGGAGAUAUUUUAACAAACUAACUGUCACCCCCCCCCCCCC